UAGCUGCCACCGUCAUAAUGUGAAUAAACGAGAGUUUGCAGUCAGUUCUGUGUUGGUUAGUUUUAUUGGAGCGAGCAGUGUUUGUGUGUCUGUUACAAACGAGUAUAUAUAUAGAGAACUAUCACGGACCUGUUUAAACGGUUGAUGACAGGAGCCAGGUGUUAUGGUAAUGGGUGCCAAGAAAAUGUCUACCAUUGUUUCCAUGGUAAUUUUCGCAAGCUGGUUUCUCUGCAACAAGUUUAUUGAUGCUAAUAUGGUAACCAACAAAGUCACACCUUUACCAACAACACUUUCUCACAUCCAACCUUCAUUAGUGUGCAAUGCUGGAUACUUCGCCUGUAAAGACCAGCUAAAGUGUUUACACCAGAGGAAACAAUGUGACGGUGUUAGUCAUUGUAAAGAUGGCUCUGAUGAGGAAGAUUGUGAUAAUGAGCUAGAUGACAAUAUGUGGAACAAUUUAUGGGGAAAGCGAAAGGAUGAAGCUCAUCAAUUUUCAGAGAAAAAGUGCACAGAUGACCUGUGUGAAUGUAAAGAAGAAAAAUUCUGGUAUUGUGUCAAUACAGGUCUUCAGAAAAUUCCUGAUACUAUUCCAGUAACGGCAGUUACCUUGGACCUAUCAGCCAACCAUAUUACAUAUCUGAAUCAAUCCGCCCUCCGUAGCUUUCAUAAUCUGAAAGAGCUCUCUCUCAAUGACAACGGUUUACGGAUUCUUGAAGCGGGAGCGUUCCAUAACUGCCCUGAAUUGGAGACUAUCUCGCUUAAACUGAACCGACUGGAAGAACUAGUCCCUAAUUUGUUUCCCAAGAAUAAUUCCCUGAAAUAUUUAUACCUGGACCAGAAUUGGUUGACCGAAAUACCUGCAAAAACAUUCGAUCACUUGAGUAAAUUGAUAAAACUAUCUCUACGAAGAAACCGAAUUAAAACAAUAGAACCAGCCGCCUUCUACGGCACCAGUAGUCUCGUACAGCUAUUUCUCGACAAUAACAUGCUAACGGUCAUCAAACGGCACUACUUUGAGAAACUGACAAAUCUUGGUGAACUAUAUUUGAUUAACAACAAGAUUAGCUCCAUCGAACCAAAUUCCUUCGACGCGUUGACUCAGCUACAAAAUCUAAUAUUGCGACAAAACAGAUUUACUAAAUUGGUUAACGGAAUGUUCGCUGGAUUAAAAUCCAUCCAAUAUCUGAAUUUGGAAGAAAAUCAAAUUGAACACAUUGAAGAGAAAUCCUUUAUGUAUGUUGAAAACCUAAUUUCACUCUAUCUGGCAGACAAUCCCUUCAGAACGAUGCCUCCGAAUACAUUGAAAGGUCUCAUAAAUUUGAAGUUCAUACAUUUUUCUGUGUUUUACACCUGUAUUUACGCUUUGCACGUACGUGUGUGCAAUCCCAAAGGUGAUGGAUUAUCCAGUACAAAGAAUCUUAUUGAAAACCCAGUGCUACGUGUUGGUGUAUGGGUGAUCGGCGUAGUCGGUGUCUUGGGAAACUGCUUGGUUUUACUUGGACGUUUUUGCAUUAACGAAGACAACAAAGUUCAUUCGUUUUACAUUCAAAAUUUGGCGUUGGCUGAUAUGCUGAUGGGUGUUUAUUUGCUAACUGUCGGUUCUAAGGAUAUGUUUUAUCGUGAGAAAUAUUUAUCGAACGACCAACAAUGGAGAUAUUCAUGGCUUUGCAACAGCUGCGGAGUGAUUUCAACUAUUAGCACAGAAAUGUCUGUUUUUACUGUGGUACUCAUUACUUUAGACCGAUACAUUAAUGUCGUCUAUCCGUUUUCAUUACACAAAUGCGGACGAAAAACAGCAUAUUUUUUAAUAUUAUCGAUGUGGCUCGCUAAUUUCCUUCUUGCUGUACUGCCAGUUCUCGGCAUACCUUAUUUCGGAGAACAUUUCUAUCGAAACAAUGCUGUGUGUCUACCUUUGCAUAUCCAUGAACCGUAUAUAAAAGGUUGGGAAUACUCAGCUUUCUUAUUUCUCGGUAUAAAUGUGCUAGCUUUCAUAUUUAUCUCCUAUGCCUAUUUCGUCAUGUUUUGCAAUAUCCGUAAGUCAGCCAUGUCCCUGCGAACAAAUCGUGAAAAUCAUGAUCAUCUUAUAAUGAAGAGAUUCUCCAUGAUCGUCCUCACUGACUUUAUGUGUUGGGUUCCUAUAAUAACAGUGAAAACUGUAGCACUUGCAGGUUACCAUAUUGAUGACAAUCUCUACGCUUGGUUAGCAAUUUUUAUUCUACCAAUCAACAGUGCCCUUAACCCACUAAUCUACACCAUGAUGACUACACAUUUUAAGCGAGCCGUCUUAAAAAACGUCCUUGUCAGAGCUUUCGGAAAAGUGAACCAGUCGGAUCUUACCGGAUCGUCUUGCGGAGUGUUACGACAACACAGUUGUGUUCAGGUUACUGAGUUGAAAAUUAUGGCCGAUGACUGCCGAACAAAAUCAACCAAUAAAAAUGCUGUGAUCAUGUGAUUUUAAUCGAGAUCUCCUAUGACGCGACCAAUGCGUCUGCUGUGCCGUCUCACUCAAGUCACGAUGCCUCUAGAAUAUUUUGCGGCUUCACUGCAGCUGUCCUGUCUCAUUCCCGUUACGCUAUGAUACAACUAUAACAUUGUGUGGUUCCCUGUUGCAGUGACUACAGCUUUAUUGCCGUAUCUGUCAAUGUUACUGUUGAUGACUGUCUUGACAAUCGUUAUUAAGACUCAUAUCAUUCCACUGCCAGUCGUUACAACAAUAAUCUGACACAGUUUCUGCCUCUGAGUGGUGCCAGAAAUAUUAAAAUAGGUUGCUACCUUGAAACACACAAUGGCAUUCAUUUAAGAUUUAAAUAAGAACUGCAUUGCAUUCCAUUACAUCAUACCAUGCCUCGUGAGACAGCCUGUACAGGAGUACACAACCAGCUAAAAAUAGCAGCCAAACAUUCCUUAAAUAACACCCUAGCUUCUGAAAGUAAAUAAGCACAGUGUAUAACAAAAACAUAGAAUGGGCACGGGGGGGGGGGCUUGCCUUUGGUCAUAAAUCUACUAGAACAGGAUUGACCUAUGGCUAAACAACCACACCGCUUCAUUACAUCAUAAUAUACAUCACACAUGCUAACAAACAUUUAUCUACCUCAAAAUAGUCACCCGAACUGCAAGAGACAGCAGCCAAAAUCUCCAACAACUCAUAUUCUAUAUGCUGGUAGUCAUUACAAGCACACACACUUUUACGUAUAUCACACAGACACACACACACACAGACACACACUUACACACAAUCAUAUGUGGUGCGUGUAUGCGUGUAUGUGUGCGCGCAGAUGCGUGUAUGUGUAGUUUAACCCGAGAUCAUCAUGUACUUGGUGUGUUUUAAAAUAUAGUCCUGUUAUAUAUGGUGCUGAGUCCACCUCUUUUUUAUGGUAGGCACAUCACGUCACCCAGUUUUAUAAUACCUCAUUAUUGGCUGCCAUUAGCGGGGAUUGUUGUGUUGCGAUCAUUUGGAACUGUGAAAAGUAAUAAGCGACAGCAACAACAACAAAACACUAGUAAAUAAUCUAUAGAAAAGUUCAAAUAUAUCGCAGGUCAAUUUCUCAUGUGUCUGUAUGUGACUUGUGAGCGACUUGCACUUUUUUUUUUUUCUGCACCAUGGACCAUUGUUAUCCAAUUUUUACUUCCCUGCAAAAUAAACACUUGUUAAGCAGUAAGCAUUCACACAGGAUUUUACAAUAUGAAAUAUUAAAACAGCAUUAUAUGUGUGCGUUUGUGUAUGUAUGUAUAUGUAUAUCAGUCAUUUUAUAAAUGCAAGGCUGUAACUGCACUUAUAUCAUAGAAGCAAUUUCAUAAACGUCAUGCUUGUCAUAAAGUAAUAUAAAAAUACGACAAUCAUAAGGUAAAGAUUCUUAUACGCAUUUAAUCAAUACUUGUUAAUACAUACACAUGUAACAUUUAGCAUGAGUUGGGUAAGGAAGGCAUCUUGAUUUUUCAUUAUCUUUCAAUGUCUUGCAGAUCUGUAUUAUCCUAUAAUACCAGACUCAUUUGUAGCGUAUAAAUUAAGGAGCUGAAGUUGGGUUAUCUCCCCCAAGAACCCAUGUUCAGCCAUACUUUGCUCCAGGCGGAGUGGUACGUAUCGUAUUACUCCAAUGAUAAGCAUGAAACUGAAAGUAUAUCAGGGAUACUGUAUUUGCAAUCUCUUAGCCAAUAGACGAUAAACGCAUUCUUUCUUCUUUAUUUUUCUAACCAUACUGGCGUCCAGAGGGCAGCUGCUUUUCACAAAAGCAUAUUUUUUUCUUGUGGUCCCACACAAUAUCUGGCUUGUUGUGUUUUAACUUACUUCCUGUUUUAAUUUUUAAGCUCCACCAGUAUUCUUUUGAUCCAUCAUUCUCAAUUUAGUCUACUUUGUUGGAAAUUUUCGUUUUCUUCUGUUCCAGACUGACUAGCGCAUCAUACCUCUUGGGGAGAUAAUAUCCAAGAGACAAUAUCUCGCAGUUAACAAUCAUGAAAUUGAUGUCUUCAGUUUUAGUUUAGCACAGCCUAUAUUUGUAAUCUAUCGAUGUUUUCUGCUUUUCACAAAACAGAAACUUAGUGGAGAUCUCUUGUUCUUGAAUUGCAUGGAGGCAACCUUCAGAAUGAGAUGUCACAAACUUGUCGGUACUCCAAGUCAAGCAUUUCAGAUGAUUUAUUUUCCUCAAAAACAGGCGUCUUCUGUGCCAAGUGCUCAUGCACUAUCUUCUCAGUGAACCGGUCCCUAUUUAUAUAUUGUUCUGAUAAAGAGAAUGUUUCAGUUUUCCUUGGAGAGAGCUCUGCAUCAGCUCUUAUUUCAUGUCUCCCCUAAAAUUUCCUAAAAUUCAUUAGCUCUCCUAAUGUCAUUGUUAUUUUCGUGCUGGCAAACUUGGGCAAGAUAGUUGUUGGCCCGGUUCCUCUAUUGUAACAGAGCAUCCAAAAAUCAUCUUCCUCACCAAACAGGUUUGUUAUGGUUACCGGUUUCGUCGCAGACGGCCCAAUCAUGUGACAGGUUUUUCUGGGUUACAUGUAAUAAGACACGACAAAACAAACAAACAAAAGUACAUAGAUGUGUACAUACAUGCAUACAUACAUAAUACAUACAUACAUACAUACAUACAUAAAUACAUUCAUGCAUAUAUACAUACCUACAUACAUACAAACAUACAUACAUACACACACAGAUGUGUUUGCAGUACCAGUCUUAUACAUGCAUGCACAUUUUUAAUGCUAGUCAAAACAAAAACUGAAUCUCCAGUCUGAAAGAUAACAUCAUGCAUACAUUAAAUAUGUACAUUUAUCUUACCGAGGCUAGACAUCUUCUAACGAACUGCAAUGUGAAUGAUACACAUCUGAAAAUGUUUUGUCAAAAAUAAAAGAAAAAAAUAUCAUCCCCUUAAAUUUGAACACUCUUUAACGUUAACUGUUUACUGCUUCAAACUUGAAUAUGACUCCAUCUACAUAUCUAUCUUGAAUAUUUCGUUGGGAUAAUUUGGAAAAGGACGCUCGAAAUUUAAACAAAUUGUGUUCGUCGGGGAAGGCGUGUGUGUGUGUGUGUGUGCGUGCAUGCGUGCGUGCGCGCGUUUUUGUGUGUGUGUGCGCGCAUGUGCAUGUUCAUUGCAAUUAAUUUUGCAAUUUCAUCGACUUUUAAUGGAAAAUAUCGUUUAUUUUAUCUUUACAUUUGGUGAGAGAAAAACAGAUAAUAGAAACACGAAUAUUAUCGAGGACGUUGUUCUUGCUUUGAUCCAGGUUGUUUUUUUUUUCUCCUUUGAGAAAAGUAUAGUUUCCUUUUUAUAAUAUUGACAAUCAAAUUUUUAAAAAGACUUCUACUUUAUAUUUUCUUUGUAUUACAAUUUCUUUUUCGCUUUUAACACGUGGCUUCUA